GUUAUAAGUACGGAAGUGAAAGAGAGAUCGGCGAGAGCUGGACGUAAAGUUACUAAUUUCCCUUAAUUUGGUUUAACAAGAAAGUGUAAAAAAUCUCAUUUUCAAAAAUGGCUAAAAUGGAGGACAGAGAUGCUAUUUGUGAGGCUUAUAAUGAUGUGAGAGACGAUAACUCGGAAACAAACUGGUGCUGCUUGAAGUAUAAUGAAAGUAAUAGCCUCUCCCUGCACAGUAUAGGAGUAGAUUUCGAUGAACUAAAAGCAAACUUUGGUGACGAUGAACGAGUGUACGCAUAUCUUAGAGUACAGACCGGAGACGAAUUGAGUAAAAGAAUGAAGUUUGCCCUCAUUACCUGGGUUGGUCCAAGCGUGUCUGCAAUGAAGAAGGCAAAAAUGAGCACAGAAAAAGCAUCUGUAAAACAAGUCUUUUCUAACUUUGCUGUAGAAAUGUUAUGCGAUAACUUACAUGACGUAAAAGAGGACAUCAUUAAAAACGCAGUAAUGAAAGCAGGGGGAGCUAACUACGGUACAGGCCAAUGAUCAGCAUCAUCACUAUAGGAUAUUUUACAAUUCAUAUCUAAAUCAUAUUUCGACGUUGAUCCAGUUUGCAAAAUAUUUCUUUUCAAACAUUCUCUAACGAACAAAACAAAGCAUAAAAUUUGACAGAAAUUUUGUGAUUUCACUACCUGUGAAUUGUCAGAACUGUGGUUUGAAGAGCAAAGGAAGAUUUCAGUCCUGGACAUAGUCACAACUUCACAUAUAUUUUUUUCCAUUUUUUCCAGCUAGAGUAGACAAUCGCUGUUGCUCAAAUUUGUUUUCAAAUCAGUCUAUUCCUUUUAUGUAGCCGUAUAUGUAUAUUUCAAAACCGUCAUGGUAUUUACAUUGAGUACUUCCGGAAGUCUUUUGGAUGAUCCGGGAAACUUGGCCAGUCAUAAAUGCAUCAAAUUAUUCAUUAAGUUCAAAGCUUGCUGUUCAUCCAAGCCAUAUUCCUUUCACUACUCCGGGAACUGCUCCAAAUAUUUAGAGUAGUCUUCUAUAGUGUGCCAAAGGUACAGUUUUGCUCUCAUACCCAGCCCUAUAUAUUUAGAUCAUCCAUAAUGAAUAGGAGGCAAGACCCGCAAACAGAUAUCACGUGAUAGACCUUCAUGAUAUUGUAAAUUCACAAACCAACACAGUCUUGUCGAAACGUGUUUUGCUUUAGUAAGCUUCUUCAGUUGACAAUAUAUGAAAUACACAAUGAUACAUGAAAUAUGGAAAUGAUGUCGACGCGCAAAAACCAUAGACCUUCCACACGUUUCAAACAUUCAAGAAUACUAGUCGUCUUCAAGCAGAGCACAUAAUUAUGUUUUGAAAUAGUCUUGCCUAAUAAGCUGAAGCAGGCGGUUAUCAAGGAAUAUGAUAAAAAAUGGUCUUUAUAAGAUUAUUAUACAAAAAAGAUAAUCGAGUAUGACAAAAAUUUGUAUUUGUACUUAAAUUAUUACAUGUAUCUGUUUUGUCAACCUUAAAACUCCAUGUUGAGUGUACCUCAAUGUUACAAAAGUGCAAUUUUCAUUUAGCAUGAUGAUGUUAUGCACGUGACUUUUGUAUUACAUGUAUAAUUGUAAACUUCUUGUAAAAUAAAUAUGAACAAAAUGUA